AAGCGUGUUAAUAAAAUGGAAGUAGUUCUACACUCCAUUGCUCUCCUUCCGUAACUGCCUAUCGCGAAGAGAAAUCCUACCAUCCCCCCUUUUUUUGUGUGUGUAUUUGCAAUUCACCUGUUAAGUGGGGUCAUUCACAAAAAAAGCUAUCACCCAGUCAGUAAGGCAAAGUUCGUCCUUGACCCCUACGUACAUUCCACGUCAGGCCCUCUCCGUUGGCGCUUUCUGCUCAUUCGACACUUCUGCCAUCCCAAAGGCAAAUAUAAAAAGUAGGCACAAAAAAAAGUCAAAACAAAAGCGAAUUUUGCAAAGAACCCAAUGCAGGAAAAUCCAAUAGUCCAGUACAUUUUGGUGAACAAGGAAAUCUUGGAUAAGAAAUGGCCGCUGGGGUCUGUCAUAGCCCAGGCAUGUCAUGCGUGCGUCGCCGUCAUUGCCGAAAAUCAGGAAGACCAAGUGGUGAAGGAGUACCUUUGUGCGGAAAAAAUAAACAACAUGCACAAGGUCAUCUUACGGAUAGAAGACACAAAUGAAAUAAAAAAACUUUCCACCAUUUUAGAGGACGCAUGUUUGAAGUACAAAAUUUGGACGGAGUUCCCGGAAAACAUACAAACUGCUGUGGCGCUGAAACCCUAUUAUAAGGAUACGGUAAAGGAGUAUUUAAAGAAAUAUCCGUUGCUACGUAAGUUGUGAAGACUCUGGGGGGCGGGGAGACAUUCCGCAGUUGCACCCGCAUACAACUUUGAACGUGCAAACUGCGCAUUUUUCUUUUAUGCGACGGGAGAAACAGCCUC